AUGGUGUGGGACAUUCUGUGGAGGGGGGGGGGGGGGGGGGGGGGGGGGGGGGGGGGGGGGGGGGGGGGGGGGGGGGGGGGGGGGGGGGGGGGGGGGGGGGGGGGGGGGGGGGGGGGGGGGGGGGGGGGGGGGGGGGGGGGGGGGGGGGGGGGGGGGGGGGGGGGGGGGGGGGGGGGGGGGGGGGGGGGGGGGGGGGGGGGGGGGGGGGGGGGGGGGGGGGGGGGGGGGGGGGGGGGGGGGGGGGGGGGGGGGGGGGGGGGGGGGGGGGGGGGGGGGGGGGGGGGGGGGGGGGGGGGGGGGGGGGGGGGGGGGGGGGGGGGGGGGGGGGGGGGGGGGGGGGGGGGGGGGGGGGGGGGGGGGGGGGGGGGGGGGGGGGGGGGGGGGGGGGGGGGGGGGGGGGGGGGGGGGGGGGGGGGGGGGGGGGGGGGGGGGGGGGGGGGGGGGGGGGGGGGGGGGGGGGGGGGGGGGGGGGGGGGGGGGGGGGGGGGGGGGGGGGGGGGGGGGGGGGGGGGGGGGGGGGGGGGGGGGGGGGGGGGGGGGGGGGGGGGGGGGGGGGGGGGGGGGGGGGGGGGGGGGGGGGGGGGGGGGGGGGGGGGGGGGGGGGGGGGGGGGGGGGGGGGGGGGGGGGGGGGGGGGGGGGGGGGGGGGGGGGGGGGGGGGGGGGGGGGGGGGGGGGGGGGGGGUGGGGGGGGGGGGUGGGGGGGGGGGGUGGGGGGGCGGGGGGUGGGGGGGAGGGGGUGGGGGGGGGGGUGGGGUGGGGGGGGGGGGGGGGGGGGUGUGGGUGGUGGGGGGGGGUGGGGGGUGGGGGGGGGGCGGGGGGGGGUGGGAGGGGGGGUGGUGGGGGGGUGGGGGGGAUGGGGGCGGGGGGGAGGGGUGGGAGGGGGGGGGGGUGGGGGGGGUGGGGGGGGGGGGGGAGGGGGGGGGGGGGGUGGGGUGGGGGUGGGGGGGGGUGGGUGGGGGGGUGGGGCGUGGGGGGGGUGGGUGGGGGAGGGGGCUGGGGUGGGGGGGGGGGUGGGUGAGGCGGCGGAUGAGGGGGGGGGGUGGGGGGGGGGGGGGGGGUGGGUAGGGCGGGAUGUGGGGGGGUGGGGGGGUGGUGGGGGGGGGAGGGGGGGGGGGGGGUUGGUGGGGGGGGGGUGGGUGGGGUGUGGGGGGGGGGGGUGGGUGUGGGUGGGAGGGGGGGGGGGCGGGUGGGGGGGGGGGGGGGGGGGGGGGGGUGGGGGGAGGGUGGUGGGGGGGGGUGGGGGGGGGUUUGGGUGUGUGGGGGUUCGGGGUCGGGAGAAAGAUGAACUGCUGGAAGAGCACAAAAAGCCUUCUGCAGAUGAAAACGCUUUUCGAAAACAACCCCGGUGGAAGUGA